UGUUGUUGUUGUUGCUGUCAGACGUCCUCGGCGAGCUGUCUGGCGGUCAGUGAAGACUUGAUGUUCUGUGGUUGUGCUGACGGAGCCGUCAGAGUGUUCAGUCCGUCUAAGAUGUUGUACAUCACCACGCUGUACUGCCCGCACCGCCUGGGCGUCGACCUCACCCAGAGUGUACAGCACAGUCCAGGCGCUCAGUACCCCAACACGCUGGCUCUGACCUUUGACCCUAUCGCCAGACACCUGACCUGUGUGUACAAUGACCACAGUUUGUACGUGUGGGACGUCGGAGACGUGAGGAACGCCGGGAAGCUGUACUCUGCUCUGUACCACAGCAGCUGUGUGUGGAGCAUCGAAGUGUAUCCCGAGCUGUCACAUGUCUCUCAGGCCUGUCUGCCUCCAUCCUCCUUCCUCACCUGUUCAUCUGAUAACACCAUCAGGAUGUGGAACACCGACCCCCCCACCGCACACAGGAACCUGUACAGCAAUGACCUGUUGAGGAUUCUGUAUGUGGAGGAGGACGCGCAGGCCGAGGGGGAGAGGGGGAAGGCAGCAGGGGCUGAUGGGAAGUCAGGGAUCAGAGUGCUGGGUGUCAGUCCUGAUGGACAACACCUGGCAGCUGGAGACCGCUGUGGAAACGUGCGGAUCUUUGGUUUGGAGUUUCUGGAUGAGCUGGUGAAGAUUGAGGCUCAUGACUCUGAGGUGUUGUGUCUUGAGUUCUCCCCGGCAUCCACAGGUGUGAAGCUGUUGGCAUCAGCCAGCAAGGAUCGACUAAUCCACGUCUUCAACCUGGAGAAGAACUACAGUCUGGAACAGACUCUGAACGACCACUCAGCCUCCAUCACUGCUGUCAAGUUCACUGGUGAGAGUCCAGAGGUCCGAAUGGUGAGCUGUGGAGCCGACAAAAGCAUCUACUUCCAGACAGCUGAGCAGACGGCGGAGGGUCUGGAGUUCUCCAGGAGUCACCACGUGGUGGAGAAGACGAUGCUGUACGACAUGGACCUGGACUCAUCAAGGACGCACGUCGCCAUCGCCUGUCAGGACCGAAAUGUCAGGGUUUACAGCGUGGAAAUGGGGAAACUGAAGAAGUGUUUGAAAGGCUCGUCCAUUGACAAAGGAGCUCUGCUGAAGCUUCAGAUGGAUCCGUCGGGGUCGUUCUUCGCCACGAGCUGCUCUGAUAAAAGCAUCACCAUCUUUGACUACGAGUCAGGAGAGUGUGUCUCCACACUGUCUGGACACUCUGAGAUCGUCACCUGUAUGAGGUUCACUCAGGACUGCAGACACCUCAUCACUGUGUCCGGAGACAGUUGUGUGUUUGUGUGGAGGUUGGACUCUCAGAUGACCAGCACCAUGAGGAAGAGGCGGGGCCUCAGACUGACCACCGCACCUGAAACCUGCAGCCUCAGACCGCAGAACAUCAGGAGGGAGACCUUCAUCACUGGACCUUUGUCUCAGCUGCCUGAGGAGGAGGAGGAGGGGGCCCAGGGGAGUCCAGACAGACUGGACUCUGCUCUAUGUGAGGAGGAGGAGGAGGAGGGGGCCCAGGGGAGUCCAGACAGACUGGACUCUGCUCUAUGUGAGGAGGAGGAGGGGGCCCAGGGGAGUCCAGACAGACUGGACUCUGCUCUAUAUGCUCCGCCUCUUCAGAGCAACGGGAAACUUCCCAUGUGGUUCAGAAAGCUGCAGGGUCAGGGCGGAGCCUCUUCUGCCAUCCAAUCAGGAACUGAGCCUCGCCAGGUGCGGAGUCGGUGGGCGGAGCACCCAAGCCCCCUGAUCAUCUGCUCCAACUUCUCCCCAAGUCCCACCAAGAGUCAGGAGGAAGAGGAGGAGGAGGAGCAGAGGGAGGAGGAGGAAGACUUCCACCCUCAGAGGCUGGAGAAUCUGCUGGGAGAGGAGGAGCAGGUGCUGCAGAAUCCAGGUGAGAACAGGAGCAGCUACAUCAUCUACCCCAGCACCACCGACACCACUGACACCAACAGCACCACCGACACCUCGGCUGACAGGGAGUUUGAUGUGGAGCUCGUGGCCGAGCGCUCUCUGACCCAGCUGGAGGUCAAAGGUCAGAGGGUGGAGCCAGUGUGGAGCACUCAGCUGUGUCCAGACUCCGCCUGCUCUGAAGACUCAGCAGGAAGUCUGGAGCAGCAGCACGACACCGACACAGACUCUCUGAGUCAGGCCAGCUCUGUGGGCAGUUUGGGUCUGGAGGACGACGAGGACAGAAACUCUGUGAAGAACCACUUUGACACUCUGGCGUCCAGUCUGACUGACGAGAAGUUCGACGCCGACCUGAGGACGCUGCAGCCGUCAGAGGACAAACACUACCUGAACCCUCGACUCAGCAUCUCCACCCGCUUCCUGUCUCGCUUCCAGGACAGAAUCAGGCCAGUCUACCCACAAUCCUCAGGGACUCUGACAGACAGGGCGUGGCCCAGCCAGGCUCUGCCUCCUGUGUCAAUCCCAGCGAGCAUCUCAGAGGAGAGUAACGUCAGCAGCACGUCGGUGAGCUCUGAGUUGAGUUGUGACGUCACCUCGUCCCAGGAUGAAAACAGCAGUGGUGGUUCAGGUGAUGGGAAAGAGACGCUCAGUCUGCAGCAGUGUCAGCAGGUCGCCAACGAGCUGAGAGAGGCGGCGAGACGAGCCGUAGACCUCUACCAACAGCUCAGCGUGUCGGCCGGUGCUUCGGAGCAGCAUCUUCAGAUGUCGUCCAUCCUGCAGGGAGCGUUUGAUGUUGUUCACUCCGAGCUGCAGGCGGUGCUGCCGGGAGGAGACGGGUGGGGCAGCAGCGCCCCCUCUGGUUGACUGGAGGACGAGGUGUCUGCUGACGGAAUCACUGAUCUGCCGGUCCAGUUUACCUAGAACAAACUGAACCGGAUCUGAACCAGGACCAGUCACGUCGCUGCUGUCGGUACGGAGGCUGAAAGGGGACAAAUUUCACUUCACCAUCAGCCCCAGUGACUUUAUCAACAUCAGUAUUAAAUUUAAUGCACCUUAUGUUUGUUUAUGUGGCAGCAAAAUGUGUUUUUGACCACGAUCACUGUUUGUACAUAAAGUGUAAUUUUAUGUUUCUAUAUAAUAAAUGUUUGUGUUUUACAGAG